AAAAAAGAUAACUGAAGGAUGGCUACAGCAUUAGUUUCUGCAGGAUAAUCAAUAAGUAAAAUGGUCUUAUUCAAAGGUUUAGUUGGAACUUAUGUAUAAUAGGAUAUAGAGACAAGAUUGUAACAAGAUGUGUAUAAAAAGUAAAUAAGAGUCAGAGAAUUUUUCACUGAUUUUGAUCGAUUAAGAAAGGGUUGGGUAACAGAAGAUAAGGUAAUGUAGAAUGAUUGAUUUAUAGUUUCGUUCUGCACUAUCUAUGAUCAAUUUUCAUUUUACUAAGGAUGAUAUUGAAGAGAUCAUUAGAAGAUAUAAACUAAAUGAUGGUUUAGUUUAAUAUACAACAUUCUGUAACAAACUUGAGGAAUAAUUUUUGAAUAAUGAAGCAAAGGCUUAAGUAUUUUAAGCACCUUAAGUAUGAAUUUAUUAGAUUUAGAUUUUUAAUUCAGAUGAGGAAGACACUGUAAAAAGAUUGAUGCAAGCAAUAAAAAGAAAAAUAGCUACAAAAAGAAUAUUCUUAAAACAGCCAUUUUAAGACUUUGAUAGGACUGCAUGCUCUCAUAUCACAAUUGACUAAUUUUCAAGAGUAUUAAAUUAAUUAGGAUUAUUACCAAAAGAUUAAUAUUUGCAAUUGUUAAUAAGACAAUAUAUUGAUAACGGAAAUCCUAAAGAAGUUAAUUAUGUAAAAUUUUGUGAUGAUGUUGACAAUGUUUAAGAAAUGUUAAGUGGAGUAAUAACAGGAAUUAAAUAGAAUCCAAAAGAUGUAAGAUAAUAAAUAAUAAAUUAAUUAGAUUCACCCUGAUGAUGAUUUUAUAGAGGAUAAAGAAGGAUUAGAUUUGAUUUCAACUUUAUUUACAUCAAAAAAAUUGACAGAUAAUAUAAAUACAUUAAAUUAAGUAUUAAAAAAGAUCUAAGGUGAUGUUGUAAUGAAAAGAAUUAGAAUAAGAGAAUUUUUUAAGGAUUUUGAUUCUUUGAGAAAAGGUUUAGUAACAGAAUCAUAGGUAUGAUAUAAAUAAAUUAAUUAAGUUUGCUAGAAUUUUACAUAUUUAAAAUAUUCCUGUUUCUGAAAAAGAAAUAUAAAUAUUAUUAAAUUAAUAUAAGAUUGAUAAGAUUCCAAAUGGUUAAGUGGAUUAUAAUCAAUUUUGUGAGGAUGUUGAUAAAAUAUUUACAUUGAAAGGAAUUGAUAAGGAACCAUAAGCAUAAGUUCCUUAAAUCGAUGAUUCUACAACAUUACCUGCAAGAAGAAGAUAUUUAUAGAUGACAGAAUAGGAAGCUAUUUAAUUAGAUGAAUUACUUAUGAAAUAUAAAUAAGCAAUUUAAAAUAAGAGAGUUUUAUUGAAACCUGUUUUUGAAGAUUUUGAUAAAACAAAAUAGGGAUAUAUUACAACUAAUUAAUUUUUAAGAAUAUUAAAUUAAUUUAAUUUAUUUCCAGAUCCAGUUUCAUUAAAUUUAUUAUUAAAAAGAUUUGUUGAUAAGGCUAAUUUGAAUGAAGUUAAUUACUAUGAUUUUUGUAGAAUUGUAGAUUAAUCAGAUGAAGGUGUUGCAAUAAGUAGAUCACAUGCAGAUGCAUUUAAAAAUUAUGUUAAAUCAGAUAAUUUAAGUUAAGCAUUUAUAAGAAAUGAUUAACCAAAUGAUUUUGAGGAUUUAAUGGCUAAAUUAAGAAGAAUAGUAAAAGAAUAAAGAUAAAGAAUAGCAGAAUUUUUAAGAGAUUUUGAUAAAUUAAGGAGUGGAACAAUAACAAUAACUUAAUUAAGAAAAGGUUUAAGUAUGGCUAAGAUAUUUCUUUCAGAUGCAGAAUUUUAAUUAAUUUUAAAUAAUUUUGGAUGUAAAGAUAAACAAGGAUUUGUGUUUUGGAAAGAAUUUACUGAUUAAGUAGAUUAAGUAUUUACAACUAAAAAUUUGGAGAAAGUAAGUCCAUCAGAAGAUGUUCCAUUAAUGUCUACUUAAUAUAAUUAUGGUAGAGUAUCUAUUACAGAAAGAGAUAGAUAAGUAGCUGAAGUUGUGAAAAAGAAAUUUUAAUAUUUUUGUAAAGCAACAAGACUUGAUAUAAAAUAAUUCUUUUAAGAUUGGGAUAAAUUAGGAAGAAAUAAAGUAUCACCUAAAUAGUUUAGAUAAACUUUAGCAACAGUUAAUUUUAUUUUAUCAGAUGAAGAAUUUUAAGCAGUUGUUAAAAUUUAUGCUGCUGAAGAUGAUGGUGAUAUUAGAUAUGUUCAAUUUAUAAAUGAUACUUAACCACCAUUAGAAAUAUAAACAGAAUCAGGAGCAUCUUAAGCUUAUGUUGGUGUUAAACCAAAAGAAAAAGAAAAAGUAAUAAUUUUAUAGAUAAACAAUUAGUUAUAACCAUCUGUGUUAUUAGAAUAGAUUAAAGUAGCUGUUAAGGUUAAGAGACUUAGACUUGGAGAUUAUUUUAAGGAUUUUGAUCCUUUAAGAAAAGGACUUAUGCCCACUAAUAAAUUUAGAGGAGUUCUUAGUCAAAUGAAAAUAGAUUUAGAUUAAGAAAGUUUAGAUCUUUUAGAAACUAUGUAUGUUGUUCCUGAAGAUCCUAUCAGAGUUAAUUAUGCUAAAUUUAUUGAAGAUGUUGAAAUUGUAUUUACUAAAACUGUAAUUCAUUAUUUUACAAUUUUAUUUAGGGAUUAGAUAAAGAUCCUUUAAUGAAACCACCUGUUCAUAUUAUACCAACAUUCCUUGAUCCUAGAGAUGCUUUAACUUAAGAAGAAGAAGAAGCUUUACAUGCUAUUAUGUUAAGACUUGGUGAAGUUGUAAGAAAACAUAGAAUCUUACUUAAACCUCAUUUCUAAGAUAAAGUUUUGUAUUAUUAUAUAUUUUUAGGAUAAAACUAAAUCCGGCAAAAUUACAUUCACUAGAUUUAGAUCUAUUAUGGACUUUCACAAAUUACCUCUAACUGAUGAUUAAUUCAGAGUUAUUUGUAAAAGGUUUUACUUUUUUUAAUUAUUAUUAUAGAUUUGCAUAUUAAGGAAUAGAAUUCAAUUAUGUUGAAUUUGAUGAAAUCUUAAAAAAGUAUGAGAACUUUUAUCAAUGA